AUGAACAGCCUCGCCGACCCUCCAACCGUGAGAAACACUGUUACCGGGGGUGCACUCGCCCCGGGCUAUACACGCAACCUUCCGGUUCUUUCAUCAUCCGGGCCGCAUUCCGCUGCUGCGAGAGAGAUGGCUGCCUCGUCUGUGACGGCAGGAAAUGCCUCUGCACACGGCAGCUCCGAUGGCGACCGACCGGGAGUUACCACCAAUGGCUCGGCGGAUGCCAACGCCAAUGCUCCCAACCAGGCCAUCGGAGCUGCUGCCGCAGCUCAGCAGCCCAAGGUCGUGCAAACUGCCUUUAUCCAUAAGCUCUACAACAUGUUAGAAGACACCAGUAUUCAGCAUCUCAUCUCCUGGUCGAGCACCAACGAUAGCUUCGUCAUGUCUCCGACCUCCGAAUUUUCCAAAGUCCUAGCCCAGUACUUCAAGCACACCAAUAUCUCUUCGUUCGUCCGCCAGCUGAACAUGUAUGGGUUUCAUAAAGUGAGCGAUGUAUUCCAUACAGGAUCCCCGGAUUCUGCCCUGUGGGAAUUCAAGCAUGGGAAUGGCAAUUUCAGACGCGGCGACCUGGUCGGGCUACGAGAAAUCAAACGACGAGCAUCCAGACAUGCUUUGAUUCACCGGGACUCUUUCCCUAGCCACAAAACCGCAGUAUCACAGCCUGGUACACCAGCGGAGCCGGUUCCUGAUGCGACAGAGGCUCGGUUGAUGGCUCUCGAGCACUCGCUAUACGACAUGCACAAUCGUUUGUCGCGCGCCGAGGAGGGUAAUGUGGCGUUGAACUCGAAGUGCCAGGGCAUGGCCGAGAGCCUCGCCAAAUGCUAUAACUGGACACACUCGAUCUCGCGGUUUCUUCUGGCUGUUGUCCCCGACAGGGAAAGCCCUCUACAUCGUGAUGUCUCCAACAUGCAAAGGGAAGUGGAGAGGCAUAUCGACAACAUCCGCGCCCUCGAAAACCCGCAAGACUCGCUCAUGCCUCCACGCCAACCGUACUUUGGCAAUAUGCCUGUCGAAGCCGGACCGCCUCUCUCACCUCGCCAAAUGCCGCAGGAUGACAGCCGCCGACAGUCCAUGAUCCGGCCACCCGUCCCGCCGCAUCUCGCAGUGUCUCCUCGCCGCUAUGGCUCGAUUGGAGGCCCCAACGCGUCAGCAACUUAUAACCGACCGCAAGCACCCCCGGUUGCUCCGCAGCAACAGCAAGCGAUGCCGCAUCCUCUGUCUGUUUCCACCCCACCGGGACCUAAUCUUGCCCGUAGGCAUACCUCUGCCGACAUUCGGCAACACGGCUGGCCCCCGUCGGGCACUUCUCCCCUCCCUCUGGGCAACGCCGGUCCUGGCCCUUGGCCUCCUUCUCCGCACCGAGUGCCAAUCUCUAGUGACCAGCAAGUUCGAGAUGUUUUGGCUCAGUACGAAAUGGGUGGUCCCAGGCGACUGCAGGACCGAUCUCGCCAUGCCACCCCGCCGACGAACAUCGAAUCUUCCCCGUCUUUGCUUGGAGUGGAUCAUGGCUGGUCACUUGGAGGUUCUCGAUUCGCUCGGCAGGAUUCCUCUCUGCCGGCGACGCGCCGGUCGAGCAUGGCGAGCAACGUUCAUUCCUUGCUUAACCCAGCCGAUACUGCGGAACGCCCUGAUGAGGACCAAAACAUGUCGGAGGACCGCAAGCGGAAACGACUUGAAUGA